GGAAGCCUGUGGCGCUACCCCCGCUUUGCAUGUUCGCCACCUCUGCUCUUCUCCCUUCAGCACUCUUCUCAAUAGCUUAGAAUAUAUAUAUAUUUGCCUCUUCAUCCCCCUUUCAACAUCGCAAUAUUUUCCCAUUUUUUUUCUCUGCGUAAACCCUCUUCACAUUCGCUGUUCAUUAACAACAAAUUCCUCUCAUGGCUUCCAACCUCAACCCUGCCUACGCCUACACUGUUGUGUACGUCAAAGAUGUGGCCAAAUCGGUGGCUUUCUACGCCAAAGCCUUCGGCUACAACGUUCGUCGCCUCGACCAAUCGCACAGAUGGGGAGAGUUGGAGAGCGGGCAUACGACAAUAGCUUUCACGCCGGAGCACCAAAGAGAGACUGACGAGAAGAGCGGUUCGGUGCAGAAGCCGGUCGGGCCGAAAGAGAGGCAGCAGGUCGAAGUCUGCUUCGCCUUCGCGGACGUGGACGCCGCUUACAAGACGGCGGUGGAGAGCGGCGCAGUGCCGGUGAGCCCGCCGGAGGACAAGGAGUGGGGGCAGAGGGUCGGCUAUGUUCGAGAUAUCGAUGGCAUUGUUGUGCGCCUUGGAAGCUAUGUUAAGGAGCCCAGUUCUUCUCAUUAA